CGCUGGAAUUUUCUGACACCCACUCGGACAUGUCCUAUGUCUUCAUCAACGACUCGUCGCAGACCAACGUGCCGCUGCUGCAGGCCUGCAUCGAUGGAGACCUGCCGUUCGCCAAGAGGCUCCUGGAGACGGGCUGCGACCCCAACAUCCGGGACAACCGGGGCCGCACCGGGCUGCACCUCGCCGCCGCCCGGGGCAACGUGGACAUCUGCCGCCUGCUGCACAAGUUCGGAGCCGAUCUGCUAGCCACCGACUAUCAAGGGAACACCGCUUUGCAUCUGUGCGGACACGUGGACACCAUCCAGUUCCUGGUGUCCAACGGGCUGAAGAUCGAUAUCUGUAAUCACAACGGCUCCACCCCUCUGGUGCUGGCCAAGAGACGCGGCGUCAACAAGGACGCCAUCCGCCUGCUGGAGGGUCUGGAGGAGCAGGAGGUGAAGGGCUUCAACAGAGGAGCACACUCCAAACUGGAGACCAUGCAGAUGGCCGACAGUGAGAGUGCGAUGGAGAGCCACUCCCUGCUGAACCCCAACCUGCAGAGCAGUGAGGGGGUGCUGUCCAGCUUCAGGACCACCUGGCAGGAGUUCGUGGAGGACCUGGGCUUCUGGAGGGUCCUCCUGCUGCUGGUGGUCAUCGCUCUGCUCUCUCUGGGCAUCGCUUACUACGUCAGUGGGGUCCUGCCUUUCUCCAGCAGCCAACUGGAGCUGGUGCACUGAGGGAGGGAGGAGAGGAGAGGAAGGAGGAGGAGAAGAAGUCCAGAAUCCAUUGUUUAUUUUGUUUACUUGCAGCCCAAACUAGUCUUUUUCUCUGCUUUCUGAACAACUUCCUAUUAUACUGUUUUGAUUUGCAUUGCAUUGAGUUUGCCCGCAGCACCAUUCGUGUUUACUCGCGUCACUCAAACUAGACGUGCUGGCGAGGAGGCGGGGCUUAUCUCCAUGUACAUACCGUGGUAUACACCAACAACAGAGUGAACACAUUUGACCGUGAUUUAAUUGUAAUUCACGUAUAAUAACUAAAUACUGAUACAGACUAGGGACAAAAACAUGAGUUCAUGCUUUUGCAAGUGUGCUUACAAGAAAUUAAUGUUUUCUGAAAGGAGAUAAAAAGUCAUCUCUAGAUCCAAAAGAACAAAACUCACACACUCAAUUAGACACAACUCGUACGCAUGGGGUGAUCGAACAGGAAGUGUCUCGUACUAAAAACAAGUGUUGGUUUUUAAAUAAUGUUAAAUAUUCCCUCUUUAAAAUGAGAGCAAGCUGCUUUGGAACUAGUAUGAAAAGGAGAAAAAAGGCUCCUGCUUUGUUUUAAUGCAAGUAUCCGAACACAUUUCCUUGUAUAACCGUUGAUGCUCUGCUACAAGCUGUGUAUUGCCAUUGUUUUGCAUCUUUUUUCACAUUUGUCGGAUCUUUUAAUCGUGUUAUUUAUCAAAUAUCUUCUGUAUUCUUUUUCCUGCAUUCUGUAUGUUUUGUUAAAAUCAUGCACCCUUGCUUUCUUAACCCAUUUCUCAUGUAAUCAAUAGACUGGAGUUGUUGUGAAUUAUAAAUAUUCCUAAUUUUGCAUCAUCCUAUUAAAGUAGAAAAGCACCUCGACUGCGUGCCUUUUGGGGAAAAGCUUCACGUUUCAAACGCGUUCCAAAGCAUGCGGCUUUGUUGCAUUAUAAUUAUCAUAUAAAGGCACAAUGCUCAUACCUGUAGGAGAGUGUUUCUCAAACUUUUUCAUACCAAGGACCACUUAACCAAUAAAAAAACACUCGCGGACCACCUAACUCCACAAACAUCCAAAAACACAUCGUUUUUCUAGAACAGAUUACAAAUUGUCUGAAAAUGGUACAAAUAAGUGGCAACAUGUGUGAUGAAGGUGUUUUGCUGGGCUAUGUCAUGCAAUUGAAAGUGAAACUUAAACUCGCUCCAUUGCGGAGAUAUCCCCGCGGGAGUGCAGAAAACUUAAAUAAAUACAUUUAUUUCAAUUGUGAAAUUUUACCAAUAUAGGGCCAAACUUUGAGAAGCACUGCCGUAGGAUGAUGGCAGCAGUUUAACAAUGUGUUGUUGUAUAUUCCUUUUUAUCUCAAUGUCCUUGUACACCAUGUUCAUGUUAUCUGUUUAUUUUCUGUCAUUAAAUGUGGAACCAGAAUAAAAUAAAGUGUGAUUAUAAACAAC